AAAAUUCUUCUUUUCUUCAGGUUCCCGUCAUCCCUCCCUCUCUUCUUUCUUCCUAUCAUUACUGCUGCCCCCCCUCCCCAUCCCACCCAUUGCUAUCUGUUCCCUCGGUGGUCGCCACCCCCCAUUACCUAUCUCAGGAUGUCUCGCCGGGAAGAUUCCAAGGCCAGAGAUGCCACCAUCACCGUUGACAUUGAAGAUUUCACCCGCACCCGCGACAGUGUCGUCUCCAGCCUAGUGCAACUGUCGGCGGCUGUCUCGGAGCUCACCAAGGCUUAUAUGAACCAUGCCGAUACUGUGCUUGGCCGUACUCCCACCAGCCUGGACAUCACCAGCAUUAGUGGUAUCACCAGCUCUCUCUACGAGUCUGGUCUGCUCGGCGCACGCCCCUCCAGCCCCGGUGCGAAGUCUGAAGUGGGCGAGAAGAAGAAGCGCAAGCGUGCUCCCCCGGACCCCAACGCCCCCAAGCGCGCCUUGACUCCCUUUUUUCUCUACAUGCAGCACAACCGCUCCCGUAUUGCCGAGGAGCUGGGCUCCAAUGCCAAACCCAAGGAAGUCUCUGAUGAGGGCACUCGCCGCUGGGCUGAGAUGCCUGAAGUCCAGAAAGAGGUCUGGAAAAAGCUUUACGCAGACAACCUUGCUGUCUACAAGGAGAAGGUGAAGGCCUACAAGGCCGGUCUUCCUUACUCGGAUGAUGCCAAGGCUGCCAGCCAGUUGCACCAGGGCAUUGAGGGCGCCGAGGCGACCGAUGUGUCUGAUGAGGAGGAUCAGGGAUCUGAGGCCGAGUCCGAGGAGGAGUCUUCUCCUGAGCCGGUCCGCGAGCCCACCCCCCCGCGUAGCACCAAGCGUCGCCGCAGCGAGGGUAAGCCAGCCGCCAAGGAGGUGUCGACCCCCAGCGAGAAGAAGAGAGAAUCUCCCGAAAAGAAGAAGCGCGGCGCUGCUGCUCGCAAGGAGAAGGAGGAGCAGGAGGCCCCCGCAUCCACUCGCAAGGCUGCCGCCAGCGACAACAAGCGCACCAACAAGAAGAAGCGCAAGAGCGAGGCUGGUGCCGAGGAGUAAGGGUUGCAUUGUGGAUGGAGUGACAUUGAGAUUGGGCGCCCGUGUAUUGCGGCCCCUGCUACAUGAUGUAAAUUGCAAAUUUGGAUAUGACCACUGGGUGUAGCAUAUUACGGAUCGCUUGGUUGGGUCUUGCUAUCAGGGUUGCUGUUUUUCUCUCGGGCCUGUUUGGCGUCGGACUGUGCACUUUGCGGGGGUGUUCUUUCGUUCGGGGUGCUUGGUCAAAGGUAGUUUAUGAAUGGAAAAGCUUGAUUCUAGC